AUGGAUUCUUCUUCUGACAGCGACGAUGAAGAGUCUGUCGCUGCUACUACUACAAGAGGCAAUGGCCCACCAGCGGUUGUGGGUGGACAUCGAUCCCCUUGGUCUCAUGUAUCAAGUCUAAGUAACUCGACAAGGAGUGGACAAAAUCGUGGAGGCGUCAACGGUCAAGGAGCACUUGAUGCAUUAGCCACCGCAGCAACAAGGACACCAUUGCGAGAUGUCAGCAACAGCAACAGGAGUAGAAGAUCGCGACAGUUGACAACACCAACAACAACACCACGAACAAUGCCAUCCUCAACUUCGGAAGAAUCUGCAGCUGAAAUCCUCUCGGCAGAAGAAUAUGAAGCACAGUUUGACAAGGACUGCAGAAGAAUAUGA